AUGGAGCUCUCGGUGUCGGUGUGUUUAGUGCUAACCUUGAGCUUGGUGACUGCGUCGCCCUAUGGAUAUAGCGCGAAUAGUGGAGCUGUUGCAAGAGCUGUAGCAAGCGCUAGUAGCGCCGGCAGUUUCUCGCAGUCAUCAUCAUCAAGUUUCGCAUCAUCAAGUGCAAGUGCAAGCUCAAGCUCUAGUUCCUUCAGUUAUAGUGGUGCAGGCGCCGGACAAGUUACUGGUUUUGGAAAAAAAUUUGGAUGUGAAGGAAAUUGUCAAAAUGGAGUAAAGAAUGAUUUCGGGCCGUCCAGUCAUGGAUCUAGUAAUAACGGUGGAUUUGGGGGACAUAAUUUUGCCGGUGCAUCUGCCACAGCCGGAGCUGUCGCAAAUGUUCCUAUUGCCGUUGAUCAGCCUUGCCAUGGACCUAAUUGCUUCGGAAAUUCUGUCAAGAAGUGCACUAGCAGUCAGUGUGGGGGGAUAAAUACUAAUGCAAAUGGAAACAGUGUGGAAUCUACGGGAAAUUCAUCUUCGGAAUCCAAAAAAGGAGAUCACAAAUUAGAUAUAAACAGUGGAUUAAAACAAAGCUCGCCUAUUGUUCCUUUUGAUAAACAAGUAAAUAAUGAAAACGACAAAGUUGGAGAUUGUCAAGGACCCGCGUGCGUUGCUUUUCUUCCUCUAAAUCAGCACGAUAGCAACAAUAAAAAUUUAAACAUACAAACAUCAUCAGAAACGUCGUACCAAGAACAAGCAUGUGCUACUCAUGACUGUAAAUUAAGUCCUUCUACUAACCAACGAAAACCAUCAAGCUAUAAUGUUCCUAUUUUGGGACCACAAACAAACGUCGAAAAAGAAAUUCCUAUUUGUACAUCGGGCAAUUGUCAGGAUGCUAAUCAUGUUGAAAAUCAUAAUUACGACGAAAAAACCUUACAAUCUUUGAAUGCUAAUAAACCAUCGACCACCCUUCAAUUGCCCACAGAUUCAUUAGGCGAAGCUGCACUGUGCAAUUCUAAAGAUUGUAAUAAUCCUUCUUAUCAAGGCGAACCUGCAGGAUCACACAUUGAGCCCGGACAUAUUAUUAAUAAACCAGUUUUAAACGCUAAUGUUCCAAAACCUUAUGAUGAUGCCAAUACACCGCAAUAUACCCAAGAUCAACAAUCAUCUGGGCCCAAUAAGCUAGUUAAUUCUGUAACUACUCCCGGCCCCUCUUACACGCCAAAUGUUCCUACAGGAUCAGGCAAUAUACCAAGCUUUGAGUUAAAUUCGUCUUACUACCCUAACAGACCAGCCGGCUCUAACGAUAAAACUGGAGCAGAAAGAUAUGACAACAUUCCUUCUCAUCAAACCACUGGACCUCAACUUUCAAAUAUUGAUAAUUUACAUCACCCUGCUAUCAAUUCUGCUACCUACCCUGCUGAGAGCGGAAUAAAGAAGCCUGUUCAUAAACCAGUACUUUUGAAUCUAAAUCCUAUUACGAAGCCUACUGGAAAUUUCUUCGAUACAAGUAUAAGUACUCCUUCAAAAUCUGAAGUUAAUCCUUCUCAUGGAAUCCCUUCUUCAGGACACUCUUUUUUCCCCGGAGAUGCAAGUAGUUAUGGCGCAUUCCCAUCAAGCCCUUCGUAUUCUAAUAGAAGGCCUUCAAACUCUGAAAUAAAUAGUCCUUCCGGCUCCGAUGGCGAUCUCAUUUGUGCUUACGGUAAUUGCGCCAACGCUCCUCAACCCAGCCACCCUAUUUCAAACAGGCCAUUUGAUAUUAACUCAAAUAUACAACCAUCAAAUUUCCCUCAAAUUCCGUCAACUAAUCAAAUCGGUUGUACGACGCCAAACUGCCAACCCCAUGUUGGUUACGAAAACAGUCCUAAAAUUAAACCUACUUCUCCAGAAAGUACCAUAAUAGAAAAAUUUAAUCCAUCAAAAAUAGACUCCGAAGUGUUGUUGUCAAAUAAAGGAAAUAAAAUAUAUUCUGGGGGAUUCGGUGGCCCAGUUGGUAUCCUUAGUGCCAAUAAUAAUGAUAAACCUACCAGUAGCAUAUUUAUUAAUCCUUCUGAUGCAUAUCAUAAUGCUCCUCAAAAUACCUUUUCACCACCUCAAACUUCAAUAGGACCUAGUUCUAUUCAAUCCUUGCCGUCUCAUUCAAACCAACCAUCUACGUCAGGACAACAACCUCUUAAUACAAAUAAUUUUAACAAACCAGGGCUAUUUGUGCCAAGUGUUGCGAAUAUUCCAUCCGAUGAAAAUAAACGUCCCUACACUGGUGGUUUUGGCGGGCCAGCGGGUUUAUUGAAGCCAAAUGAAUUUAUGCUACCGCCAACUAUACCAAAAGUGGAUUGCUCAUCAGGUAAUUGUAACCCUAGUCAAGGCCCUCAGAACGGAUUAUCUGGAGCGCUUGGUACGUCUCACGCCGCGGCCGGGGCUAAUGCUGCAGCCGACGCUAACGCAAAUGCUGCAUCUUUUUCUGGGUCCUUUGGCGGUCCACCUGGCCUUUUUAAACCUUUUGACGAAGGCAAACCAGACCAAACUGGAAAUGUCCUAGGUAAACAUGGAAAUGGUUUUGGAAACCUUGGUCCAAGUCACGUACAGCCUCAUUCUAAUGGUGUUGGUGGCAAUCAUGCAAAUGCAGCAGCAUCUGCAUCUGCUGGGACAGGCAGUUACAGUCAUUCCGGAGGCUGCAAUACGGGGUGCUCGUCGAAUGGAGCCGGUCAAGAUCAGAGCGCUGCUUUAGGGCAGAGCAGUAAUGGAGUACAACAUAGCCUUAAUCACGCAAGUUCAACUGCUUCAGCAAAGAGCGUUGCUGGUUAUAACGCUCAUGGAAGCAGUAUUGCAACUGCUAGUGCUCAUGCUUCAGCGGGAGCUUCAGUUAAAGGAGGUGCAUGGAAAUAA